AUGUCUCCCUUCGUAACUUCUCGCGGAGCUUUGUUAAAUGUCGAAUUGGCCAUGGGCCGGGAUGCGCCUACGAGGUAUCCAGCUAGGUCCAUCGGAUACUAUGGCACCAAUUCGCUGAAGCUCGACAUCUCGCUCAGGGACUUCAAGUUCACAAACCCCAUAUUGGCGAUAACUGCACAAAGCUGGUACCGUGUGCAACCUGUUAGGGACAUUGUGACAUGUAGUGGAUAUCCCGUUGAAGCUCCUGUACUCCAGGAACAAUUAAAAACUUAUUUGUAUAUGAAAAUGUCUUCGGCGAACAUGCAGGGUUUGGUGCAGCCUGGAGAAUAUGAACCGGUGUCAAAAACGGGCGUGGGCAGCUCGCAUGACAAUCAACAACUUACGCCGUACUGGAAUGGAACCGAGUCCCUUCUGGCAGAACUGCUUCUUCCGGGUUGA